AUGGCAAGUUGGGAUGGGAAACUUAUUACAGCUGCAAAGGUUGGGAAUAUAGAAGAGGUAGAAUUAUGUGUAAAGAACAGAGCUAACUUGGAAUGUAGAGAUGGUGAUUGGGGACAGACACCAUUAAUGUUGGCCGCUGAGAAGGGACACAUGGAGGUGGUGACUUACCUGGUCACUCACGGCAGUCAGUUAGACGCUACAUCCAAGUAUGGAGAAACAGCUUUACAUCUUGCUGCUGAGUUUGGACGGAUUGAUGUAACAAAAUGUUUAAUAGAUCAAGGAUGCAGUCCUUGGGUGAAAUCAUUGGAGGGUAGGACUCCUUAUGAUCUGGUAAACAUAUACAGCUUUGAUGAUGAAGAGGAAAAAAGGAAGAAGGAAGAAGUGAUGGACUUCCUUAAGACUGUCAUGUCAAAGACAUCCCCAGAAGUAACUCCUGACACCCAUUUACAGGAACCUGCAGCACUACUAGUUGAAGGUAAUUAUCUAAUGUAA